UUUUGUGACAGGGCGUUUUCCGCCCGGAUUAUUUUUCGAAGCGGUAAACAUGCUUGUUUUGGUCUGUGUGGCUUUUUGUUGCCUUGGUUACUUUAUUUCUGUAAAAUUUUUAUAUGAUCGACUGAAACGGAGGGACGUUUUUCGUCCUCUGCCCAGGGACAGAGCUCAAGGCUUUCUCUCGAUGAGCUCAGAGAGUCCAGAGGGAGGAAACCCGCCCGCUGUGGAUGCUGUUCGGGCGCUUUUUGUAACCGCGCAUCCCGACGACGAGUGCAUGUUUUUCGCACCUUCAGUCUUAAAACUCGUUGAGUCAAAAGCGUCCGUUCAUUUACUAUGUUUGUCAUCAGGGAAUUUCUACAACCAAGGUGCCCAACGCCGACAGGAGCUCCUUGACAGCUGUGCAGUUUUGGGAAUUCCAGCCAACCGGGUCACCAUUGUUGAGAACAAAGAGUUGCCAGAUGAUCCAAAGGCCGAGUGGAGCACAGCACUGACCUCAUCACUGAUCUUUAAACAAAUCAGAACUUGUUCCAUUAACCUGGUGCUGACGUUUGAUGAGGGAGGUGUUAGUGGACACGCCAAUCACAUCGCCAUUUACAAAGCUCUCAGGCAUCUGGCCUCUGUCGGCAGAAUACCAGAAGGUUGCCGUGUCCUCAGUCUUCACACCAUCAGCAUCUUAAGAAAGUACCUCUCCAUCUUAGAGCUGCCAAUCAGCUGGUUAUUACCGUCUUCGUUCUGCUGUGUCAUAGGCCGAGAGGAAUACAAGAGGGCCAAGGAAGCCAUGCUGCGCCACCGCUCCCAGCUCCUCUGGUUUCGACGGCUGUACAUUCUCUUCUCACGCUAUAUGUUUAUCAACACCUUCCGAGCCGUCGCCGUGGAGACCAAGCACGUAAAGAUCUAUUAGUAGAUGAGUGUUGGUUCACUGUUAUACACUGCGCCUUGUCAUGUAGGACUGAAUUAAAAGCACUGAACUCCUAAAGAAAAGCUUCACAUAUUUUCCAGAAUUUCAUUCAAUAUUUUUCUACAGGUGGAGAACUUUGUAAGGCUUUGUAAGGGGGUAUCUAUAAUUUGUGCAUAAGACUUUACUUGAACCCUGCCUCAUAACAUUGACAUAAACAUGUCCUGAUAGAUGUCAUAUCCCAUCAUAGGCUGUCAUGACAGAUCAUAUCCAGUGAAAUAACCAUGUGUUGUUAUCAUUACCAGUAACUGUCAUGACAUAUACCAUAUGGUAUAUGACAUAAUUACUGGUAAUGAUAACAACACAAGGUUACACAAGUGGAUAUGAUCUAUCAUGACAACCUAUGACAGCAUAUGACAUCUGUCAUGACAUGUUUAUGUCAAUGUUAUGUCAGUUCAAUGUAGCAGGACUUAAGCAAAAUGUUACUGAUUAGCCCUGCUGUAACACUGCCAUACUGAAUCAAGGAGAUAACAGCCCAACAUACACAUGGUCAACAUGCUGAAAUUCUGUAAAAUGGAUGAAGCUAGGCUCUAUUUUUUAUAUAUAUUAAAGUGUUUAUAGGUCCUGUUACUCUGAUUCUUUAAAUGCUCCAUUCUUAUAUCCCAAUACAUAAAUUCCCAGCCAUGAACAUGCAUAACUUUCACACUGCAUAAGUGCACUUAAAUUACAAUGCAAGGCUUUCUUGUCAGACAUUUUCCUCCAUAUUCAGCUGAACUUCCAAAAUAGCUGAAGGCAGCUAGUGCCAGUAUGAAAAAGGGGCUUCUUUUUUCUGAACUGUUCUUUAAAGGGGAAUUCCAUUGCUUAUUCAAAAUUCUGUCAUGAAGAUGUAAACAGAGUCAUUUAGGGUAGAGAAACAUACCAAAAAUGAAUUUACAGUGGCGGUGAUUGGGACCAGGGAUGUCCACAACACAGAUAUUUUAUAUACUAUCCAAAAUAACCGGUGAGCCUACAAAUGUCUUCAGAUUUUAAUGUGUAAUGUUGAUGGAGGUAAAAUAGUAGUAAAUCUGAAAAAAAUAACAUUUCUUUGAGGACUAUUCUGUCUUACCAUGCCCUGCGAUCCCUCUACCAUGAAUGGACAUAAAAAUAAGUUUUAGGCCAAAGGCUUGUCUCAAAACUGUGUUAAAACAAUGUCUAAAGCAGCUUUUGAUGUCAUAAAUUUCUGUGAGGGAGCUUUUAGAGGUGGACGUCUGGUUCCUGUCACCACCACUGUGAAUAAUUAUGACUCGGUUUAUCCACUCUAAAUGACUUUGUUUAUAUCUUACUAAUUUAAUUGUGUAGAAAUUUAGAAAAAUCAACAGAAUUCCCCUUUAAUCUGCUGUAACCUAAUUAUGAUGAUUAGGUUAAAUCUUCAUAUACUGUACCAAACUGAUGUCCUGAAUGUAAAUCUGAAUGUUCUCUGUAAAUAGUUUGUCUUUAUGCUUUCUAUGAAGUACAGCGAUUUAAAGAAUAAAUAAGUUCUACACUGA